AUGGAUCAAAACACUUCACUCGAGUCGCAAGUUGAAUAUGACUCUACCCAGCCGACAAAACUCCAAGCCCUGUUGGAAUUAGAAAAGUCAUGGAAUAUAAUAAUAAACUGGAUGCACCCGCGCAAUGAACAAGAUACCAAACCGCCACAAGAAGUUAUGGAUGCAUUAGAUAAGAUUAAACAUUUGCCUAUCGCCGAGAAAAUAUUAGAAUGGUAUCUUGACACCGUUUGCGAGGACUUUGAAAGGGAAUUUGAUGAAAGAUUGAAGCAAUGGCGGAAGGAAUGGUUACACUUUGCUGAUUCAUGA